AUGAGUUCGAAACUGAGUCCAGCAUUUGCGUACACAGUUGUAUAUGUGAAAGACGUAGCAAAAUCAGUAUCUUUUUAUGCAAACGCUUUUGGUUAUAAUGUCCGCCGGUUGGAUGAAUCUCACAGAUGGGUAGAAUUGGAGAGUGGGCAGACUACGAUAGCGUUUACACCAAAGCAUCAGCACGAGACAGAUGAUUUAACGGGAGAAGUUCAGGACACAAAGGCACAGAAAAGGGAGGCUGUUGAGGUGUGUUUUGCUCAUGAAGAUGUGGAUGCUGCUUUUAAGAGAGCAGUAGAGAAUGGGGCAAUACCAGUUCAUGAGCCUGAAGAGAAAGUUUGGGGACAAAAAGUUGGAUAUGUUCGUGAUAUUGAUGGAAUUGUUGUUCGGAUAGGGAGUCAUGUUAGGAACAACCCAACACCACCAUCUUCUUGA